UGCCAGAUACAUGUCGGAACCGCUGUUAUACGCCGUAUGAUUAUGAGACUCCAGGCUGUCGAUGUGAUGAGCAGUGUGUGAACAGUAACAGCUGCUGUUAUGAUUUUGCAGACAUCUGCCUCCAGCCGAUUGAGAGCUGGGAGUGUACACCAUUGCGUUGUGGGGAAAAGCGUGUCUCUGGUAGUAAGUGUCACUGCUCUUCUGACUGUGUGAGUGCUGGAGACUGCUGUACGAACUAUGGCAUUGUUUGCAAUGGAAUGACACCAUGGGUGCAGGAUCAGUGUGUGAGCAUGAGCAGCCCUAAGUGUCCUGCUAAUUAUAAGAGGCAGCCUCUGCUGCUCAUCUCUCUCGAUGGAUUAAGAGCGGAGUAUCAGCAGACAUGGCACUCCCUCAUUCCAGUCUUGGACAAGCUACGAAAAUGUGGAACGUCCUCAGCAUUUAUGCAGCCUGUAUUUCCAAGUAAAACCUUCCUGAACCACUACUCCAUUGUUACGGGUCUUUAGACGGAGUUUCACGGUUUAGUGGAUAACAACAUGUAUGACCCUGUAUUUAAUGCCUCAUUCAGUCUGUCUAAUGCAGAGAAGAACAAAGCCAGAUGGUACCUCGGCCAACCGAAGAGGGCUGGUCCAGACUCUCAGAAUUAAUCCCCUCGACUUCCUCUAUCACUUUAACUGUAUCAUUCCUACUUCUGUGGAGACUCACGCUGCAUCUCUGGACUUACAGAUUCGGAACAACAAACACCAUGAAAUUCACGGUGUUUCUCAGUGGGUUCCUGCUGCUCUUUCUGCUUACUGAUUGGACAGAAAGUGUUGAAGGUGACCGUGUGGACAUAAAAACUCUCGCCCAUAUUAUAGGCUUCUUUGAGAAUAACUAUAAGAGAGUUGAUAACGAUGGGCAUCCUCGUCAGUACGCUGUGGCCAUCAAUGUACCGAAGGAGCAGUGUCAACAGAACUUCAAUCCUACAACGGGCAACUUCUUGACUCAGGAGAAUGCAAAGAAUGUGAAAAAUGCUAUUUCUGAUGACACAAAUGCACUUUACCAAGGUGCAGAGCUCAUCGCAGCAGGAAAUAGAAAGGUUGUAAUCAGUAAAAAGAAGCAAUACAAUAUGCAUUCAGAGUCUCUCCUACUGAAUCCUGCUGACAACUCGCCCAUGACAAAUCUCUUGAAUAAAAGAAAAGACGGCUGCUCUGUUUUCUACACCUUUGAAUCUCCCUGUGUUGACACAUGUCUAGAUGCGACAGGCAGUCACAGCAUUAUAAAGGCCCUGGAGAACUGGAAAAAUCACGAUGGCAUUAAAGCAUUUGUCUUCAAGAAUUUCUGGAAGUUUGACACAGAAAAAGAUCUCCAGACCAAAUUUAAGCAGAUUGUGGCUAACGUUCCUCUCUACCGCUGUGUGAGUGAGAACGAGUGUUACGCUUGUGGAGGGGAAGGAAACACUCCCAUAAAUCAGCACUGUCUGCCUAAAAAAACAGAAUUAACAGUUACGCAGUAACAUUAAUUUCAUUCCUGAGUGCUUCUGUAUCAAGAUCUCUUGUUUUGAAAUUCAACAUGCUUAGAUGAACUAGUAAAAAUGCAUUUGAGAAAUAAUCUUGCUUCCUACUUAAAUAAAAUACUUCUGCUUGGCAAA